CCAACGCGUCCCCGGAGGCACCGCGGAGCGAAACCGGCUGCGGCGCGCUCGCCGCCCCCACCCUUCUUCCUCCGUCCGGUGGCCGCGCCCCCGCCGCUCGCUCGCCGCCCCCGAGACAAAGAGCCCGGAAAGUUCGCGCGGCGAGUGGGCCAGGUGAGGGAGGGCCGCCGCGGAGGCCCCCGAGCCCGCGCCGGCGCCGGGCCGAGCGCGCAGCCCGCGUCCGCCGCCCGGCCGUCCGCAGCCGCCCAGCCGGCGCCGAGGAGCGCCCGGCCCCAGGCGCCGCCCGACCGCCGAGACCCCAGCCCGCCAUGGGCGCCGCGGCCCGCAGCCUGCGGCUGGCGCUCGGCCUCCUGCUGCUGGGGACGCUGCUUCGCCCGGCCGACGCCUGCAGCUGCUCCCCGGUGCACCCGCAGCAGGCGUUCUGCAACGCAGACGUAGUGAUCCGGGCCAAAGCGGUCAGCGAGAAGGAGGUGGACUCUGGGAACGACAUCUACGGCAACCCCAUCAAGAGGAUUCAGUACGAGAUCAAGCAGAUAAAGAUGUUCAAAGGGCCCGAGAAGGACAUCGAGUUCAUCUACACGGCCCCCUCCUCGGCAGUGUGCGGGGUCUCGCUGGACGUCGGCGGGAAGAAGGAGUAUCUCAUCGCAGGAAAAGCCGAGGGGGACGGCAAGAUGCACAUCACCCUCUGUGACUUCAUCGUGCCCUGGGACACCCUGAGCAGCACCCAGAAGAAGAGCCUGAACCACAGGUACCAGAUGGGCUGCGAGUGCAAGAUCACGCGCUGCCCGAUGAUCCCCUGCUACAUCUCCUCGCCGGACGAGUGCCUCUGGAUGGACUGGGUCACGGAGAAGAACAUCAACGGGCACCAGGCCAAGUUCUUCGCCUGUAUCAAGAGGAGUGACGGCUCCUGUGCGUGGUACCGCGGGGCGGCGCCCCCCAAGCAGGAGUUUCUUGACAUCGAGGACCCGUAAGCAGGCGGCAGCACCCCUGUGGCCGACCGAGAAGCCUCCAAGGGUUUAGACUGGUCCAGCUCUGACAUCCCCUCCUGGAAACAGCAUGAAUAAAACAGUCAUCCACGCGGGUCCACCUUAGUAUGAUUCCGCCCCCACCCCGCUUUCCUUUGAGACUCGGUUGUGGGUCUGGAGGGAGAGGCGGGCCCGGGGCCCCACCCCACGCUCCCUCUGCAGCCUGGCACCAUGUGUCCUGGUCUCCCGUCCCGGGCUGCAGGCGGGGGCGGGACGCACAGACUUCCCUCCCAGGCCCUGCCUCAGUGGCACCGUCGCAGACGCCGUGCCGGCAGCACCGUGGCUAGGGCGGAGCCGGGAAAGGUGCGUUUUGCAGAAACGUUCGAGGGGUUGUUGCAAGACUGUGUAGCAGGCCUACCAGGUCCCUUUCGCCUGAGGGGGCAUGUCCCUCGUUUCUGCAGCUGCCACGCCUCUGGCCCCAGGUCGCAUUCCUUGCCCCCUUGCAAGCGCCCCCAUCUCCCCGGUGCCCUCCGGGGACUCCCCCAAGUCCAGGAGCAGCCCUGCAACCAGUGGCCUGUUCUUGAGGGAGCCCCACUUAAUCCUGUUAACCCCCAGAAUCCAGCGGGAGCCUCCCUCCGGGCCACAGAGAGAUGCAGAAGCCAGAGGCCUCACUGAGCCAUGUUUCAGCUUCAGCCAAGUCCUGUUGGUCACCCCCAGAUGCCCAGCCCCCGGGGGUCUGUGAGACCCUGUCCCGAGGGCAGGCACCUGGGGGUCGAGUGGCUGCCCUCACCGUUCCCUCCUGAGCUUCUGAGUGCUCCUGCUUCCUCCCCUGCUGGCGUCGGGCGUCUAGAUGGGUUGCAUGGCUUUGCUUUGCCCGGGCUGUGCAGGGCCGGCGGCAGGGACUGGCUGAGCUCCCCGUUGCACGUCCGGAGGACAGGAAAGGCUGGUGUCACUGUGCCCCGACAGGGUUAGUAGCAUCUCCCUCGAGACUGACAGCCGCCGUCCUACGGGUGGGUUUCUGCAGGUGACGUUAGCCAAGCAUAUUAAGAAGUCCCACCUAGGGAGGGAAGAAUUUUGGAGGUAGGUAGCCCUGGUGACACCUCACUUCUUUCUGAGCCUCCAGGGCACUGCAGCCUGUUGUGAGAGACAUCUCAUUUUUCUAAAGGUGAAUUGUCAGAGAACACGUGAACCUGGGUUGCAGGUGUACCAGCCUCUGCUUGUAUUUCUUAUAUCGCAGAGAUUGCCCGGUUCAGAAACCUCUUAGGGAACCUCUGUGUUCUCUAAGGAUGGUUUUCUGGUGCCAGUAAAGUGGGAGUUAAGAUAGGCAGAACUUCCUCAAUCAUGCUAAAGAUAAUUUCUCUUUUCCUCCUACCUGUGUUGUAAAGAUAAACUGUUCUGAGGACACGCGUGCACAUUAUGCAAACAUGCACACCCAGGGGCAGGCACACGCACGCACGCACGCAGUGAAACUGAAGUCGGGCAGCCUGCGAGUGGUCCUUCUGCAAAAUGCUUCCAAAUCUGCUCAGCCUGCUCUGUUCUGCAGCGACCCCAGAGCCACUGUAAGACUCCUGACCCCCGAGUGGCAUGUAGCCCCCGUGCCCGCACGGGACCCGGUCAGCACAGAUCUCCAUGACUUCCCUUCCUGGGGCGGGCUGGGGGGAGAGGGGUACCCGGGCGUCGGCCCCUGCCCCAAGGGCGUUUCAUGCUGUGUGGUAGUGAGAAGUCGGUAAGAUGUCAUAAUGGACCAGUCGUGUGAUUUCAGUAUAUACAACACCAGACCCUCCAAUCAAUAAGACACCCCACCCCGUCCGCUUCCUGUAUGGUGGCACCACAUGUAACAUUUACUCCUGUUUCUGCCGAUUUUUAAGAUGUUUUGGUUUGUUUUUGACAUCCGCCGUAAUCAUCCCCGUGCUGUGUUUUUAUUACCCUUGGUAGGCGUUAGACUUGCACUUUUUUGGAAAAGGUCAUUGGAAGCGUCUGACCCGGAGCGGAAGGCGCGGCAUGGCCGCCAGCCUGAGACGGUGGACUCCUUCGGAGCUUUUCUGUAGUUCUUGGAGUAGUUUUGCUUUCUUCCCCAACCUCCCCCGCCUUUUGGUUUUUCUGGUUCAAAUUAUUACAAAGGUAAAGGAUCUUUGAGUAGUUUCUGAGAGAUGGUCUUUAUUAUAUUUGAUCCACCACACGCAUUGGUCUUCUAACCAUGCUGAGCAGAAAAGGACGAAAAACAGAUCAAGAUGACGUGCCCGGUGGCAGCUGAGAGACAAAGCCACUCAGACACCUUCACAGCAAAUGACUGCAAUAUAUGCACACUCUGAGCAGGACCACGCGGCGCCGUUUAAUUUAUGUUACGUUCUAAGCUCUGCUCCUUUCUCCCUCCCUUUCUUUUCAUCCUGCGAGCAACUCAAAAUAUUUAAAGUAAAGUUUACAUUGUAGCUAUUUUCGAAUCUCCGCUUGAUAAGUAUUAAGAAAUAUCGGACUUGCUGCCAUAAUUUAAAGCUUUGUUGAUUUUGUCUGUCUUUGUUUGGAUUUUUGGGUGGGAGGGGGCGGGGGGAGCAAUGUGUUGAUGGCUGGAGUACAAAGCCUGAGACCUUCCUGUGCUGGGAACACACGAGAGUUGUUGGAAGUCGACAAGCCGACUGCGCAUGUCCCCGAUGCUUUGUAUCAUUCCUGAGUGAUCACUCGGUCCACGGACAAUAAACAGUAUUAUCAAAGAGAA